GUUACAUCACCGUGAGCCAUAAAAGCUCAUUUGAGACUCACAAGAGUAGAACUGUGGGACAAAGAGAGAGAGAGAGAUAUUACCCCCUCUGACUCCAACACCGAGAGACUCACUCCUUUCCCCCACUCUCAACAGCUGAGUUCAACGCGACUGGACUCUCUCUCUGUCCUCUGGAUACCUUUACUCUUCAUAGAAAAUGGAGAUUUAUGUCAAGGAUAUGAAGAAACCAACAUCAGUGUUCAGCAAUAUAAAGAUGUUUGUGCUGUGUCAUGGCCUGCUGCAGCUCACCCAGCUCCUGUACAGCUCCUACUUUAAGAGCACCAUAACCACCAUCGAGAGACGCUUUGGCCUCAGCAGCUUCUCCUCCGGUACCGUCUCCUCUCUGCACGAGGUGGGGAACACAGUUCUGAUAGUGUUUGUGAGUUACCUCGGCAGCAGGGUCCAUCGGCCUCGUCUGAUUGGACUGGGUGGCCUGCUGAUGUCCAUCAGCGCGCUAAUCCUGGCCCUACCUCACUUCCUGUCCCAGCCCUAUGAGUUUGACUCUGUCAUACAUGAUCGCCAAGACCUGUGUUCACUCCAAGGUACCUCCAACAUGACAGAGGCCUGUGGGAAGACGGAGAUCAAGCGUAUAGCAGACACCAACAACUUGUGGCUGCUCAUGGCUAUAGCUCAGCUGCUGUUCGGAGUGGGGUCUGUUCCCAUACAACCUUUUGGUAUCUCUUAUGUGGAUGACUUCGCCGGACGAGGCAACUCCCCCCUCUACAUAGCCAUCCUGUUUGCUGUGUCUGUGUUUGGACCUGCCUUUGGCUUCCUGCUGGGCUCCGUCAUGCUGAGGAUCUAUGUGGACGUGGACAGAACCGGCUCAGUCACCAAUGCUGAGCUGGCCCCUACAGACCCUCGCUGGGUGGGUGCGUGGUGGAUGGGCCUCCUCGUCUCCUCUGCCAGCCUAGCCCUGACCUCCAUCCCCUACUUCUUCUUUCCUCGCAGCAUGCCUCUGGAAGGCAAUGUAAGUGGAACUGACAUUCUGGAUGAAGGCUCCGAAAAGCCUGAGAUUUCACUGCUUGAUUUCCUUAAGAUGUUCCCCAGGCAGUUUGUCCGUCUGCUCCUCAGUCCUCUGUUCCUGCUGUUGGUUCUGUCUCAGUGCUGUUUCUCUUCAGUCAUCGCUGGCCUCGCCACCUUCCUCAACAAAUUCCUGGAGAAACAGUACAGCACGACUGCCGCUUACAGCAGCCUCCUCAUAGGUGCGGUGAACCUUCCUUCGGUUGCCGUGGGGAUGCUGGUGGGCGGGGUCAUCAUGAAGAGGAUGGGUCUCUCUCUUAAGGCCAUCCCUCGUUUCUCUGUCGCCAUGCUGUCCAUCUCUGUCCUCCUCCUCAUCCCCCUCUUCUUCAUGGGAUGUCCCACACAGAGGGUGAAAGAGGUCAACUAUGGAUUCCAAGGGUCUCUGGCUAAUUGUUAUUCCAACUGCUCCUGUCCUGCUGACUCCUUCAACCCAGUGUGUGGAUCUGACAACACUGAGUACCUGUCUCCCUGCCACGCAGGCUGCAAAGACUACACCAAAGACACCAACAACAAAUUCAGAGUUCUGGAGUACACAGACUGUAUCUGUACAGCUCACAGCCAGGGUAGUGGUGGGGGUACUGCCCGCCCCGGCCCCUGCCCCAACCAAUGUCCUCACUUCCUGCUUCCUGUCAUGUUCCUCAUCUCUCUGGCCGCGAUGAUCGCCUCUCUAACACACAAUCCCAUCUAUAUGAUGGUCCUCAGAACUGUUCCCCAUGAAGAGAAAUCUUUUGCCAUCGGAGUCCAGUUUCUGCUCAUGAGAGUGCUUGCCUGGUUACCAGCCCCAGCCCUGUUCGGCAUGACCAUCGACAGCUCCUGUAUUUGGUGGAAACAUGCCUGUGGCAACCGGCUGGGCUGUGGUUACUAUGACAAUAACACCCUGAGGAACAGAUACCUGGGUCUGCAGGUGGGCUUCAAGGUGAUGGGGAUCUUCCUGCUGGGGCUGGCUGGAUGGAAGGUCCAGAAGACCAGGGAGUACAACCUGGAAAAACGGCCUGAUGCACCACUGUGAUCCUGGGAUACGACUGCCCGCUUGGCUCCUUAUCUCCUUCCUUCCUCCCCCCUCCCUCCCUCCCACACGAUAGAGACUGGCCACUGAGGACCACUAUACCCCUCCCUCCCUCCCACAUGAUAGAGACUGGCCACUGAGGACCACUAUACCCCUCCCUCCCACACGAUAGAGACUGGCCACUGAGGACCACUAUACCCCUCCCUCCCACACAAUA